GUGUGAGCGCGUGUGCAUUGCUGCGCAUGCGCGCUGGCUGUGUGAGUGAGUAAGUGUAUGAUGGCGGCGUAUGUGGACAUACUGAAGAAUGAGUUUCCGCAGAUCGACUCUGAACUCUUUGAAUAUAUCACCGGUGUGUUGGACAGUGGCGGCUCAGAGUUUGAGGAUGCAGAGGAAGUGUUUGAGGCCAUUGGUGGCUUUCUUCAAGAUGUUGGUGACAAAAAUGAGGAUGACAUCCGAGAGAUUUGCUUCCAGAUGUUCAACACACUUCAUCUGACCAAAUGUAACUCUGGCAAGCAGCAGAUGCUGUUGGAAGCUCCGGUGCAGUUAUCACAAGUGUCUGCAGAUGCAGCAGCGUCAUCUGCCAAUGAUGUUCAUGGAAUAUGGAUGAUAAAGAGGAACCAGAAUACAACGGUGGAUGCCAAGAAACUGGAGAAAGCAGAAGCCAAACUGAAAGCCAAACAUGAGCGCAGAAACGAGAAGGACUCGCAGAAAACCACCUCUCCUGUGGUUUUGGAGGAAGCUUCAGCCAGUCAGGCCAGUAGUAAGAAAGAAAAUCGUGUCGAGUCCUCUGGGAAGAAUCGUAGUUAUGACAUUCGCAUUGAGAAUUUUGAUGUUUCUUUUGGGGAGAGAUGUUUACUGCAAGGUGCUGAGCUAAGCUUGGCCAGCGGCAGGCGCUACGGUCUCAUCGGGCGUAACGGCCUCGGUAAGACCACUCUUUUGAAGAUGUUGGCUAGCCGGAGCCUACGCGUCCCCUCGCAUAUUUCUAUUCUGCAUGUGGAGCAGGAGGUGGCUGGAGACGACACCAUUGCCUUACAGAGUGUUCUUGAAAGUGACACUGUUCGAGAGGAGUUGCUUAAGGAGGAGCGUUUACUGAAUGCACACAUUGCCAAUGGAACUGCAGAUGGUUUAGAAAGUGUUCGUCUUUCUGAAAUUUAUGCCAGACUAGAAGAAAUAGAGGCAGACAAAGCACCUGCCAGGGCAUCAGUCAUACUUGCUGGGUUAGGCUUUUCACCCAAAAUGCAACAACAAGCAACUAAGGAGUUUUCUGGAGGAUGGAGGAUGAGGUUAGCUUUAGCACGAGCCCUAUUUGCACGGCCAGAUCUAUUGUUACUUGAUGAACCCACAAACAUGCUGGACGUCCGAGCCAUUUUGUGGCUGGAAAACUAUUUACAAACUUGGCUGUCCACUAUUCUUGUUGUGUCUCACGAUCGUAACUUCCUGAAUGCUGUGGUGACAGACAUCAUACAUCUGCACUCGCAGAGGUUAGAAAGUUACCGUGGUGAUUAUGAAAACUUCAUCAAAACAAAAGAGGACAGACUGAAGAACCAGCAAAGAGAAUAUGAGGCGCAAUUACAGUACAGAGAACACAUACAGGUAUUCAUCGAUCGCUUCAGAUAUAACGCCAACAGAGCCGCUCAGGUGCAGAGCAAACUCAAGCUGUUGGAGAAACUGCCUGAACUUAAACCCUUGGAGAAGGAAUCUGAAGUAAUCUUACGUUUUCCAGAUAACUUUGAGAAGUUGUCUCCACCUAUCCUGCAGCUGGACGAGGUGGACUUUGGCUACACUGCCGAACUGAGGAUCUUCGCUCAGCUCAGUGUAUCAGCUGAUCUGGAAUCUCGUAUCUGCAUCGUGGGUGAGAAUGGAGCCGGUAAAUCCACAGUUCUGAAGCUGCUAAUGGGAGAACUGACGCCCAUCAACGGCACCAGAUACGCUCACCGAAACUUGAAGAUCGGAUACUUCAGUCAACAUCACGUAGAUCAGCUGGACCUCAAUGUCUGUUCAAUUGAGCUGCUACUGAACAGAUUUCCUGGGCACACAGAGGAAGAGUACCGUCAUCAGCUGGGCCGCUACGGCAUCACAGGAGAAUUGGCCACACGGCCGGUGGCGAGUCUUUCUGGGGGACAGAAAAGUCGUGUGGCCUUCGCUCAGAUGACUAUGCCAUGCCCCAACUUCUACAUUCUGGACGAACCGACGAAUCAUCUGGACAUGGAGACGAUUGAGGCCCUAGCGAAAGCCCUCAACAUCUUCAAAGGUGGUGUGGUUCUGGUGUCCCACGAUGAGCGUCUGAUCAGGCUUGUUUGUAAAGAGCUUUGGGUUUGCGACGGGGGACGAGUCAACCGCGUGGAUGGAGGCUUUGAUGAGUACAAGGAGAUCAUGCAGGAACAGUUUCGGCGAGAGGGAUACUUGUGAUGUUCUCCUGCUCAUCUGUCCCUUCCUCUUCAUUACACGCACCAAAACUGCCUUCAGUCAAGAUCAUCUGCAGUCCCAUGAGCCCUGUAGGCCGUCUGGAUGUUCUUACCAUUCAACUUCACAGUCCCCAAUCCAUGCGGGUCAGACAUGUCCUCCAUAUUCGAGGCUAGGGGCUUCCUGAACUUUUGUGCGAGCCAGCAUAUUGAAGAUAAAAUAAAGGCAAAGUGGACAUAUGCACUAACAGAUGUUGUACUUUACAUCACUUUUAAAAGAUCACUCAAAACACAAUAAUAAAAUAAUAACUGAGCGACAAUUUUAA